AUGGAGGCCGAUGUAACACGGCCACCACCAUCGCAGCAGGGCAAGCAAGCGGCAUGUCUGAACUGCCGCCGGAGCAAAAUCCGCUGCAACCGCCUGCCCGGCGAGGCGCGCUGCGAGAAAUGCAGACACGCCAAUGUCGACUGUAUUGUCCCCACUCACCACCUGGGGCGGCAGAAGGGAGUCAAGAAUAAACGAAAAGGGCUGGAGAAGGCCAUCCACCAAAUCGAGCAGGCUAUCAAGCGGCCGCGGAUUGAUUCUGGGGAUGGCCCCGGGACCGAUGACGCCCAAAGGGCGAUUUCGGGGUUGCAGGAGCUCCUAGACAAAGUCCAGGGCCACUUAGUACAGAACACGACCAACGGAUUUCCCGAUAGUCCUCAUCAUCUGCGCAAUCUGCCCUCGCCGCAGCGAGACACCCAUGCAGAUGAGAGUCUUGCUCUCGAUGAUGCCGAGAACCCCCUGCAGCUUCUUGCUCGGGCCUCUGAUCUGCAGCUCUCUCCAUCAGAGACGCGCCAUGUAGCCAACAAAUCACCAUUGCCCUCUGUGGCGCUGCCGACGCUGCCGCCGGAGACCACCGGCGUGCUCGCGGAAUCGAGCGCACAGUCAUUUUUUGUUCAAACGAGAGCGAACCUGGAUAUAGGUCCGGAGCUGGAUCCUGUGGAUUUGGGACUCGUCACAUUUGAUGAAGCAGAAUCCUUGUUCGCAUUUUUCUAUCAAAGUCUGGCACAUACGCGAUGGGGCCUGGAUCCUUCGAUACACAGCGCCUCUUUUGUGCGCUCUCAGUCUGCAUUCCUCUUUACUUCCAUUCUAGCCGCAUCAGCCCUGUUUUUGCCAUCAGCAGCUGCGUUGUCCACGAGAUUGUCAAGACAUUGCAAAUGGCUCGCGGAGCGGGUGAUCACGCGCCGACAUCGAUCAGUCGAGAUCGUCCUGGCUUUUAUGGUGCAUGUUCCAUGGAUGGCUCCAGGCGAUAGCCUGGGGGAUGAUGAUACUUGUUCAUACCUUGCCAUGGCACUCACGGUGGCUUUGGAUCUGUCCUUGAACAAAAUCGUCGUGCCGUCCUCCAGCUUUGAUCAAGGAUUGCUGAGCCGGCUCGCAAAGGCGGACUGUAUCGAUGCUAAACGGGCAUUGCACAUGGAUGGAUUUGAUAAUAUCGAUCCGGCCUCGAAAUGGGGGAGGCGAUUGCUUCGACGACGAGAACGGACUUGGAUUGCUUUAUUUGUCGUGGAAAGGGGGCAAUGUUUGUCUCGCUCGUGGAAGAAGCUACACGAUUUACGCGAUGGACCCAUGAAUUCCAUGGCUCUUCUAAGAAGAGACUUGGAUGAUCUUUUCAGAAAAGUCAAGUCGAGCUGUGAUAGUUAUCGUGUUGUUGACACCGGGGCCGAGGCGGCUCAAACAAUCAAGAAAACCAUUGAGAGCUUCUAUGAGCGGUGGUAUGCGAGAUGGGCAUUGGCCAUCGGUGAAGGGGAAUCUCGGUCACUCCCACCAUACGUUGAGAUCUUGGUUACCCAUACACAGCUCUCCACAUACGGCGGUGUUAUUAACCACCCCACGGCUCCCAUUGAAGUGAAGCGCUUUUUUCGGGCUGCCGGGCUUUCUUCCGCGUUGAAUGUUCUUCGAGCCGCUAUACAGGGCGAAUCCCGACUCAAGUCUAUGCCCAACAAUACUGUCAUCAUGAUCUCCUUCGCUGCAUGCUCUGCACUCAGUCUAAGCGUCACCCCUGGCGACAGCAGAUCCAGCUUAGCACCUAGCGUUCGAACUCUCAUUGAAGAAACAGCCGGUGUCCUAGAGCGGAUUGGAGCCACACCAAGCCAUCGAAACGGGGCUUCUGUGCUCUAUGGAAGGUUCCUGAGAGAAUUGAUUCGACGCGCACCCGCAAUCAACUCCAGUGCUCAUCCUCGACUCGAGCAACCCGAAACUGUUCUCCAGCCCGCUUGCUUGGAUAAUAACCAAGAUCCUACAUUGCCCGUCACCCAGCCCUCAUCAUUACCCCCCGAAGAUCUCUGGUCAGAGCCCUUGCAAUUUUCUGCUAUGUCUGAUGGUCAGAUCAUUGAUGCGGUCAAUCGAGCUGGUACUGCGUUUGGAGCAUCUAUUCCCGAUGUAUCUAUGGACAAUAUGCUUAGCUGGGAUUGGCUUGACUUUGCCAGCACGGAUUUUGGUCUUUGA